GCGUGUUCUGUCGCCCCCCUCUUUUCAGCUCUACUGUCAUCUGUUUCCGAGUUUUGCUCUUCGUUAACCUAUCAGCACUCACCUGCCGUCCCUCAGCCUUCUUCAGCCACACCCGGCGACGCCCGCCGGCCAUCACAAACCGCCCUGCGAUGGCCUUCAAAGGCCACAACGCCCUUGCAUCUGGGCGAUUUGACAUCGCUGCGAGGCCGCUGGGCACGGGCAGCCAUUCCACUGUGUUCAAGGCCAAGGAUAAAGCCUACACGGACCCGAGCCGUUCCUUCGCACUCAAAAUCUACGACCCUCAGCGGCCGGAUGAGGCGGCGGGCAGCACCGUCCACCCAUCUAACAACAACGAGAUGCUGGCCUUCGAUCUUCUGCAGUCCAUCGCGGAGACCAAGACCAUCGCCAGCGGCAUACCCCCCGGCUUUUACCGCCGCGCCUGGCACCCCAACGUCGUCAGACGAUAUGGCCACCACAUGGCUAGCAAGAGCACUUGGCACGGGGACCAGUGGCUGCUGCUCGAACUGCUGGAGGGGGCUCAGUCGCUGGGGCGGUGCUCGAAGGUAUCGGCCUUUGAGGCCAAGGCGGUGCUCUACGAGCUGCUCCGCAUGCUGGCCUUCCUGCACCAGAAUGACAUCGCCCACGGCGACAUCUCUUCGGAGAACCUGGUGGUCUGCAGAAAGAUCGAGGGGCUGCCGCUGCUGAACGCCAUCGACUUCGGCCUCAGUGUCCAUGCCAAGACGCAGCAGGCGAUGGGGGCCGCCGAGAGUGAGCGGGGGCUUCAGGGGGCGAGGGGCACUCCGGGCUACUUCACGCCCGAGAUGACCUGGCCGUACGCGGCACACAGCGACCCCAAGGGUAUCCACUCAGCCAGCCAGGAUAUCACAGAGAGGCGAGAAAGGGACAAUGCCCUAUGGACAAUGCCUUAUCCCUCUGUGUCUGUCUGUCCUUGAUGUGUGGAUGCCUCCAUUCAGGCUCACCCAUGUUCCAGAGGUAUGACGAGAGGAAGGGAGACAUCUUCCAGGCCGGCGUCGUGGCCGUCGAGGUGGCCACGGGCAAGAACGCCGCCAAGGACCUCUUCCCUCUCGCCAGAGUCACCAAGCAGGGCGUGGCGCAGCUGUCACGGCAGCUCUUCACGUUCACUGGACGGCCGGGCAACGAGGAGGCGGCGGCGAUGGGAUUCCCUCAGGGCCUGUUUAGCGAUAUCGAGGUCAGCAGUGCGGACGGCAUAAAGGCCAAGCUGCGGCGAUGGGGGGUGGGGGAUGAGGGCCUUCUCGACGUGCUCUCCAAGUAAGACGGAGGCAGACACAGAGAGGUGUCCCAUGUGCAUUCAGCUCACUGUGUGUCUGUUAUGCGUUUGUUUGCCCUCAGGAUGGUGUGUCUCCCGGGGUCACGCCACACAGCUGAGGAGCUCUCCAUGCAUCCCUACUUCACCCACGACGCGGCGCUGCAGCCCGUCGUCAAGGCGUACAUCGACUGGGGCUUCCCCCCGCCACACACUAUCCCCACCCCCACCGUCCCCGCCCCCCUCCCCCUCCCCCAGCCCACACACAUCACCCCCACGGCCACCAACUCAUCAAUGGCCUCGUUGGGGUCGCCCCCUACGGACGACGAGCACAUGAUGGAGGUGGACGAGGAGGCGGACAUGAUGGUCAUCGACCACUCACUGUGAGAGCAGACAGAUGACCAGGCGGCCAGCCGAGGGCGCCUGUCUGUCUGGCUGUCUACGACUGUGUUUGACGAGAGGGAUGGAGACAAUUGAGGGGUGGCGAGAUGUGACUGCGUAACUUAGCGGGACUGAGGGGGCGUUUGCCUUGCUACACGGAUG